UGGUACUUUUGCGGGCUUCAUAAGUCAGAUAAAUGAUUUCAAUUAAAAUCAAUGAACCUAAAGUAACUUCAAACAACAUAAUAAUCAUAAUAAGUGUGCUGGAAUCUGAACAUAAAUGAUAAAUGAUGUGAGUCUGAGCUGAGUGGUUUGUUUAGUUGGAAACUAUAGUAGUUGUCGCGAAGUAGGUGGCGAGAAAUUCUUAGGAUUGAAAACUAUGGGAAUGAUAAGUAACACUGUCAUCCAACAGUGUUGCUUCUAUUUCAACAAAGUCAUCUCUCUGGACACCUGGAAAAGGAUACAAUGGAUGAACAAAAAAGCCCCGCCGCACCAAGCUUACAACCCAGCACCCAUCGAGCACGUAGCCAAUGUGCUCACCCAUGGUGUGUGGGUCGUUCCGAGCGUCCUGGCCACACUCGAAUUGCUAGAAAGAUCUCAUAAUGGUGCUCAAACGUUGUCGGCGCUGGUCUAUGGGGCCACACUUGUGUUUCUGUUUAGCAUCUCGACUUCCUUUCAUUGUAGUUUUUUCUGUAAUCAACGUGGAAAGCUCAAAGAUGUCCUCCAUCGAUGUGAUAGAGCUAUGAUUUACGUUUUCAUAGCCGGAUCUUAUUUCCCAUGGUUAACCCUCGAACCACUCCCCCAAGAGGGAUGGGCUUCCUCCAUGAAUUGGUUCGUGUGGUUUUUGGCAAUUCUGGGCAUAAUCUACCAGCAAACCUUCCAUGAAAAGUACAAGAGUUUAGAAACGUGCUUCUACUUGGUGAUGGGAAUAGGUCCCGGUCUUUUAAUUAUAUCAGAGCAUGAGUUUCCCGGGCUGUCGGAGGUGAAAAUCGGCGGCGCCGUCUAUGUUAUAGGGGUAAUGUUUUUUAAGAGUGAUGGGGUUGUACCAUGUGCCCAUGCCAUCUGGCAUUUGUUUGUCGCGAUGGCAGCGGGCGUGCACUAUUUUGCCAUAAGGAACCACUUAUAUCCAGCGAUUCCGUAUGCCAAUUCUGUUCAGUUUAGUUAAUAGGGUAGGAAAUAACUCUGGGAACAAAUGAUUAUUAUUAGUUGUAAUUAGUACGUUGUAGACCUUAAAGUCAGUGAUGGCGCGAAAUUAAGUCACUGUUUUCUGGGCGAUUUGAGAUUAUAGGUGUAUUCUCAGAUACAGGGAUGUUCGUAAUUUUUUUGAUAUUUAUGUGACGAUCUGUUUGUACCAAAGUAGAGUACCAAAUGUCUCAUUAAUAGAAAUUGUGAUUUAGAGGGUUGUGACUCAAAGGCGACAUUAUUACGUGAAAUUCCUGAUAAAUAAAUGCCGAUGUGUUGCACAAUAGUAAAGUUUUAUCUCCUACUACUUUAACUAUGACGUUAAAGUAUUCAAUAGAAACACUGUUGAAGAUUAUGAAGCUUGCUAUAUUUUUAUUGUUGUUAUAGCGACAUAAAUAGUAGCUGUUACUUAUGUCAUCGUUUUGCUAGUUAUUCAUUAUGAUAAACAAAAUGGCUGAUGUUCGUCCUAAACAAUGCCCAGUGUAGGAUUUUAAAUCUUUUAUGACCUGACGGAAGUAGAUGAAUUUGAUGUGAAUGAUUAAAUGUCCCAGAAGAGACAAAGUACAGCAGGAAAUACAUUUCCUAAGAUGAAGAUGUUUUAUUAACUUUCAGGGUAAUGGAUAAAGCAGCAUUAUUUGAUAUUCCCAUUUACCGUUUUAUUAACAAUUUUUAAAUCGGAGUGUACAUUAAGAUAACAUAAACCCCACCUAUUUUUUAGUGGUACACUAAUGAAAAAAUAUUUUCUUUUUACAAGAAUAAAACUUUUGGGGAUUGUUUCCUAGUUAGAGUAGAAUUAAUUGUUUUAAAUAUCUUUUUAUGCGAUGAUUGUUCCCAAAAAAUGUUGUAAACAUCUAACAAAAAAAGAGCUUCCUCUAUAAAUAUACUAAAUAAGUACAAAAUACAACAUGAGCAAAAAUAGUAUGGUUUAAUCAGCUAAAUAACGAAUAUUAUUAGCAAAUUGUGUUUCUAAACACCUCAAAAUUUUGACCUUUUUGGGAAAUUACUUCGAGCAUAGGAUUUCCAAAAGAUUAAUUAAAAUUAAUGUGCUCAAGUCAACUGUGACUUUCCAAAAAUAUUCGUUGUCUUUUAGAAAAAGACAGAAAUACUGGGAUACGAAUGUGAAUAAAAAAAGGAAGCAUAGUAAAAUUAUUUGCUCAAGUCUUGAAUAUUCAAUUGAGAUGAAACUAGGUUUAUGACGUGAUUACCAGAAGUCUGGUAUAUUUUAUGAUUUAUGUAUGAUGAAAUCAGAUAACUUGCGAAAAUUCCAGGAUUGUAUUUAGGAAGAUAGGUGGUCUAACAUAAAAACACACAGUAAGUUAAUAUUCAUAUUACUGUAAGUGACCUUUAAAACACUUCAGUUGAAUUCGUUAUAAAAUAAAGCAAGUUCGGCUCUGUUUGCCGUGUGUCCACCCAUUAUGAGUUUAAAAUACUCACUGGUGUCAUUCUAAUAUUCAUUUUUAGCAAUGUAUUGCGUCAGAGUUCAAUUAGACGUAGGUAAUUAUAGUACGUGAUAAAGAACUGACUCAAACUUUAUUCAAAUAAAGUCUAAACUAAAAAAUCUAGAGAAACUAAAUUGAAACAUUUUCUUUUAUAAAAUUUAAUGUUGGUAAUACUCGUAAAAAGUCUAUAAGGGACGUUGUAUGCACAAAUUUAAACAUUUUGAUCACCUGAUAGUAGUUUCUCGACAAAUAUUUAGAAUAAUAGUUGUGAUACACAAAAAAGAAAUGUGCCAAAUUUUUAUUAUAUGGUGCGAAAGUUAACAAUAAUAAACUUGAUCUGAAUAAUUUGUAAUCGAGUCAUCCCUAUUGGUCUGUUGCCAAGUAUAAGUAGCUGAAUUCUAACUUGAUUACAAAAUAUUUUGGUUGUACACAUUUCUUUGACAUGUUUUACAUGUUUGUGAAACUGCCGAUGUAAAUAUUAAAGGUACUUUCGCAAGACAGAGUUACAGGAAGAAACAGGUAUUGAGUACUAGUACCUAUAUUGUUGUAUGUACAUAGUGUGACAAGUAUUUUCUUUGAUUAACGUACUAAUGUCGCUUUUGGGAACACGUUUUCACAAAACCCAAGAAAGGGAGCAACUGUAUGCUCGUAUUUCGACUCUUCCACUGAGUAGAAAGUAGAUGUCUCCUACACCAAAAGUACUGCUCAAUCUACCGAUUUUUAAAAUCAAGGAAUUUAAAUGUAAUUGUCAAACAAUCAAUGUACUGUGAAAGAAUACUCACUUUCAAACCUAUGAAUUUUAACGUGUUAGACACUGUUUGGUCCGAUUCUGAUCACAACGGGAUGUUAAUUAUACCCAGAAUCGGACUAAAAAAAUAGAAGUCAGUAUUAAUAGAUAAACUCUCCAAGCUUUUAUUGUUGUUGUUUGUAUCAGACUGAUGCAAAUCUCACUACCAGUGAUUUUCAUCUUCCAAAGAAGCUCCACUAUUUUAUUUGUAAAUUGUAAAUACAAUAAACGGAUAUGUGUA